AUGGCGAUGAUUCGGAAGCUGAUGAUAAGCGGAAUAAGAUCGUUCAGUCUGAGGGAUUCAAACACCCUGGAGUUCUAUUCGCCAUUGACGUUGAUUGUUGGAGCGAAUGGGACUGGAAAGACGACGAUUAUUGAGUGUCUGAAGUAUGCGACGACAGGGAGUCUUCCACCUAACAGCAGGGGAGGAGCAUUUAUCUAUGACCCGAAGAUGGCAGGAGAGGUUGAAGUGUGUGGGCAGGUGCGACUUCUUUUUACGAGUGUGUAUGGAAAGCAGAUGGUGUGUUCAAGGACGUUGCAGCUAUCUGUACGAAGGGAGCGUGUGGAGCAGAAGACGGUUGAAAGUGUGCUGAGGGAGGAUGGAGAGGGAGUAAGUGGAAAGUGUGGAGAUAUUGAUGCGGAGAUGCCUGUGCAUCUUGGGGUGUCGAGUAGUGUGCUUGAGAAUAUAAUAUUCUGUCAUCAGGAGGAAAGCACAUGGCCAUUAAGCGAGCCUGUGGUAGUGAAAAAGAAGCUUGAUGAGAUAUUUGCAUCUUCGAAGUAUGGCAAGGCGCUUGACAGUCUGAAAUCACAGCGAAAGGAGUGUAUGUCUGAAAUAAAGCUAAAGAUGCAGGAGCUUGAGUUUCUGAGGAAAGUGAAAGAUCGAAGGGAUGUGCUUGUGACGAGUAUAAGGAACAGCAGUACAGCGAUUGAGAAGAAUGAGAUUAAACUUGAAGCUUAUGAAGCGGAGAUAGUGAAAUGCAAUCGAAUUAUUAACGAGAUAUGUGCGGAGAUGAUGAGAAAUGAAGAGAUGGAUAGAAGGAUGCAUGCACUUGAGAAUGAAAGGAAUGAACUGAGAACGUUUUUAGAUAGUUUUAAAGGACGGUUACUUAGUAUUGAAGAAGCUAACGAUGUAUUUAAGGGAGAGUUGUUGAUGGAAGUUGAGAAUGAAUAUGCUAGAAUUGAGAAAGAAACAGAAGAAGCUGAUAAAAGAUUUAAGAUGAUUGGAGAGGAACGGGGCGUGUAUUUGAGAAGAAGAACGGAGCUUGAUGGAGUGUUUUCUGAGAUUUCAAUCAAAUCAUCAAAACUAGAGGAUGCAAGGGCAUGGAGAGUUGAAGCGAUUAGAAAGCUUGAAGGGGAGUUGAAAGUGAAAGAAGGAUUUAGGGAGACAGCAAUAAGUGUUUUUACAAAAGUUGAAAGUGAGAUUGCGAAUCGAAAGGAGAAGAUCCGAGAAUGUGAGAUUAUAUUGCAGAAGCUGCGUGAUGAAGAAGGAGAGAGGAUGUGUAUGGUUCGAGAGAAGAAGCGGAUGAUUGAGGAGUAUGAAAUGCUAGAAGACGAAGUAAAUGUGGAAGUGGAUGUGAAUGUUUCGUAUGAUGAAGAGAUUGAAGAAUUAAGAGCAGAGAUAUGUAAAGAUAAGGAGAUUGAAGUAUUGAAUGAGAGACUAGAGGAAUAUCAGAAGAGAUUGAACAAGGCAUAUAGUGUUGCAGAGUGCAAUUUUGAGAUGAAUCGGUUAAGAAGUAGAAGAAGAGAGAUUGAGAGUAUGUUGAAUGGUGUUGAUGUGAGUGGAUUACAAGAUGUACUUUGCAGACAAGUUGAGGAAGUUGAUAGGAAGCGUGAAAAGAUCAAAUUGGUUGAAAAGGAGUUAGGAUACAGAAGUGCAAUGAGGGAUCAAGCAAGGAAUGAAUGCAAGCGGAUGCAGAAGGAGAUACUGGAGAAGAUAGAUGAAUUACGAGCAUUCGGAAGGAAAGAGAAUGAAGAAGUAUUGAAUUUUGAGAAGAUGUGUUUGAAGCCAUGGAUUGGUAAUUACUCGAUGGAUGAUGCCAGGAUUACGGCUGAUAGAUGCAAAGAAUGGAUUAUGAAUGGAGAUAAUGAAUUUAUACUAAAUGAUCUUGAACCUGAAUGUGUGUAUGAUGCUGAACAAUUAGCCUUAGAGCUUGAUGGAGUUAAUGAAGAGGUUUGCAAGGGGUUUUGUAUUAGUGUUUAUGCAGAAGCACUAGAGAUGGCCAAGAUGCAUCAUGUAUGCCGGAUGUGCAAUAAGAAGCUGAGUGAAGUUGAGGAGAUCGUGCUGAAGACAUCACUGGAAUUGAUGAUGAGUGAGAUGCAGAUAUCAAAGAAUGAUGCACUUGACAAGAAGGCGAUGUUGAAGAAUGUAGUACAGGGAAUUGAGGAAAGGAACUGUAGAAUUGUUGAGAGAAACAUGGUAAGAUGUGAGAUUAUUGAUAUGAUGAGUAGAUAUGAGGAUGUACCUGAAUGUGAAUCUUCAGGUGAUUUAGAAGGGAUGGAGCUUGAUGUUCUUGAUGCAAUAGAGAACAUGAAAAAGACUGAGGGCUUGAUUGAGGCUGUGAAUGAAAUGUUUGUGAUAAAUGGAAAGCUGAAGGACGUGGAGGAAGGAGAAUCAGUGCAGGAGUUGAAGGGGAUGAUUGAUGGAAUCAAGAGAAUAUAUGAAGAGAAGAAGAGUGAUAGAAGGAGGAAGAAUGAACUGAUGACGAGAUUGUGUAAGAAGCAGGCACUUGUGGAUGCAACGAAGGAUAUACGAGAGAAGAUUAAUUUCAGAGAGGAGGCAAAAGAAGCUAUUAAGAUGAUUGAGAAGAGCAAUGUGAAGGCAAAAAUCAAUGAUGUGGAGGAAGAGAUUGCGAGAAGAAGGAUAAAGGUUGAAAGGAUUCAAGAGGAGUACUCUAAGCGUAGAGUUGCACUUGAGAUGGAUAUUGAGAUGCUUGGACUAAGAAGUAAAGAGAUUGAUGCCUUAGAAUGUGAGGUUGGGGUAUUGAAUGCAAAGGUUAAAGAGCUGCUUCAAGGAGAAUGGAGUGAAGAAGCAAGAGAUGAAGCAAUGUUUGAGAUGCUUAGAAACGAGCUUGUUGAUAUGAAAAGCAAGACGGUGAAAUUGGGACAGACAAUACGUGCGAUUCAUGAAUCAAAAGCAGCAGCUGAAGAAAGCAUAAAAUACUAUAAUGCGACUAUAAGGAUUGAAGAGAUUGGUAAUGAGCUUGAAGCGAUUGAUUGUGAAUACUUGAGUGUUAUUAGAGAGAAGAAGAUAAAGUUAGAGGAGAAGAAAAUAAAACUAAUUUCGCACAAGUCACUGAUAUUAGGAGAAUGCAAGCAAAUUGCAUUAGGAAUAAAGGGAUGGAAACAGGAAUUACAGAAUGAUCAUGUGGACACGGUGGAGAAGUAUAGCCGAUGUUUUGUUGAGUUGAAAGCACUUGAAAAGUCAUGCUCUGAUCUUGAGACAUGCAUCCAGGUAUUGGACAAGGCAAUAGUUGAUUUCCACUCGUUCAAGCUGGAUGAGGUAAAUACAACGCUUAAAGACCUGUGGAGAAGCACUUAUGUUGGAGGAGACAUUGACUGGAUUGAGAUCAAAACCGAAAGUGUAGGACAGAAGACAUACAACUAUAAGGUUGUGAUGGUGAAGAAUGGAGUUGAGCUUGACAUGAGGGGAAGAUCGAGUGCUGGACAGAGAAUGAUAGCCAGUAUUCUUAUUAGGCUUGCGCUGGCUGAUUCGUUUGCUUUGAAUUGCAACAUUCUGGCACUUGAUGAGCCAACAACCAAUCUUGAUAGAGGGAAUAUGGAGAGUCUUGCGCUUAUGCUAUCGAAGGUGAUAUCGACUCAUAAGCACAAUUCAAGCUUCCAACUGGUUGUUAUUACGCAUGAUGAAGAUUUUGUAGAGUUAUUGAACAGAGACGGACCUGAGUAUUUCUAUAGAUUGAAGAGGGAUGAGGGAGGAAACUCGGCAAUUAUCAGACAUUCAGUGUAUGGUUUUAACCAUUCAUGA